AGGGAGCUACCGAGCUCUAAACAAAGACAUAGGCAGAGCCCCUCUCUCUCUCUCAAAAUUGUUGUGUAGUGUAGCGGCUGUCUGCCGCAUCCCCAUUUGAAAUAUUUCCCUACUUUCACACCUUCCUCGAUGACUCAGUCUCCCUCUCUCUUAUAACUCUUGAGGUUCCUCUAAUUCAUUCCCUCUCUUUCUCUGUCUUCUCUUCUCCUAUCACUUUCUGUUCUCUGAGAGAAAAUGGCGGUCAGUUCUAGAGCAAGAAACACAGAGUUGCUUCAGAUUCCCAGGAAGUUCAAGGACAGAGAAACCACUCCUGAGAGAACCAGAGUCUGUGUUGAACCUAAACCCAAAAAGGAUACUGAGAGAAAAGUCCCUGUUGUUUAUUAUCUUUCUAGAAAUGGCCACCUUGAGCAUCCCCAUUUCAUGGAGGUCCCUCUCUCUUCCACCGAAGGUCUCUACCUCAGAGAUGUCAUCAACCGCUUGAACAUCCUUCGAGGUAAAGGCAUGGCUAGCCUCUACUCAUGGUCCUCUAAAAGGAGCUACAAGAACGGCUUCGUUUGGCACGACUUGGCCGAAAACGAUUUCAUCUAUCCAGCCCACGGCCAUGAGUACGUUCUCAAAGGAUCGGAGCUUCUUGAUCCUUCUAUAAACAUUAACAAACCUCUCCUCCUCGAAACUACGUCGUCUUCCAGAUCCCUGAAACCGCCAGAGAUUCACAAGUCAUCGUCCAGUGAGGAUUCGGAUUUUCCUGUGAUCACGCGGCGAAGAAACCAAUCCUGGAGUUCCAUUGAUCUUAAUGAGUAUCAGGUUUAUAAAACUGAGCCAUUCUCCGAGUCGACUCGGAAACUCGCCGCUGACGCUUCAACUCAGACUGAUGACAAGAGGAGGAAAAGGCCAGAAAAGCAAGAAGAGGAAAUUGAAGAAUUGCCAGAAGAGAAAAGUCCAGAACCGGAGGCGAACAGAGAAGAAAUUGAGAUCUCACCUCCGCAGUCGGAUUCUAGCCCCGAGACAUUAGAGUCUUUGAUGAAGGCUAAUGGGCGAUUGAUAUUAAGCACCGGGAACAAAAAUGAGGAGAAUUUGAAUCGGACGGUGGACAACAGUGGGAGGAUGAAAGCGUCGUCUGUACUGAUGCAGCUGAUUUCUUGCGGUUCUAUCUCAUUUAGGGACUGCGGAGCCACAGCGGUGAAGGAGCAGGGUUUUUCGUUGAUCGGACACUAUAAAGGGAGGUUGCCACGUGUAGGAGGGAACCGGGAGGGUACAUUGAAGGAUUUUACGAAUUUUGGAGGGGUAAGAUUGGAAGACAAGGAGUAUUUUAGUGGGAGCUUGAUUGAGACCAAGAGAGAAGAAGUCUCCGCUUUGAAGAGGUCCAACUCCUACGAUGCAGAUAGGAGUUCGCAGCUGCAAUUGGCUGGACAGGAAGAAGAGGGAGAACGCAUCAAGUGCAUACCAAGGAAACCAAAGGCAAUGCCAACCAAGAAAGAGAGCAACAUUAGUGUCUCUGGUGAACGUAAUGCGAAUAAUCAACUGGGGAGCAAAAGAUUCGAGAUCCAGCAAGUCGAAUCCGAAGCUAAAUGAGAGUGAGAAACACUUAGCUUUGUAUAUGUAACUUUGAAACUGAAAACUAGCAUAGGUAAAAAGAAAACAAGAAAAGAACAGAUAGGAAUGAAUACGCUAAAUCUGAAAUGGUGGACUGCAUUGAGGGUUGAAGCGAGAGUUGGGAAAUCCUAUAAAGGGAGGAGGCUCUCUUUGUUGGAGUUUGUAAAAUUUUCAUUUGAGUUUGGAGCAUUAGGCUUAGGGUCAAUGCUACAUGUGCCUUAAUUUCGGUGAUUAGGUGUUAAAUCCUAGUUGUUUAAAGUUACUUAGAUAUAAUUGUUGACUCUUAAAACAUGGGAAACAGAAUUUUGUCCUUGGUAA